UCUUUGUGAAGGGUAAGGCGGUACCUGGGACACAUGACAGAUCCCAGAAGCCGCCGGACCAAUCACAAAGCGCAGCGCUUCUCGCGCAUGCGCACUGGGCAUCCGGCUGUCCGACGAGCGCCCACACUACAGAAGCCGGGAAGACAGCGCGCAGCUGGAUAAAGGAACAGGUAAGAUAAAAAAAAAAACUCAGGUCAGCAGUCAUCUGUACUGUCCGCAGUCUCUGGUCAUCUCCUGUACUGUCCGAAGUCUCUGGUCAUCCCUGUACUGUCCGCAGUCUCUGGUCAUCCCUGUACUGUGUCCGCAGUCUCUGGUCAU